GGGGGCAGGACUUCCUUGCUGUUGCUAAGACACUCUUGUUUUGCUCCUUGACAACCCUGGCGGGGGGUGAGCUAACUGCGGCCCCGGGUCCAGCCCCCGCGGGAGCAGCACCCCUUGGGGAAAGACAAUUUCUGCUCCCACCAAGCUGGCAGGGCCUGCUUCCUGAAUCUCCUGGGUGUGUCUUAAUUGCCAGUCCCAGCACCUCCUGAAAACCCCCACACUCUCGCCUCCAGUGGUCACAGUGGAAGGAUCAUGGGAGAAGCAGAAGGGAAGAAAGAGGAGGCUGAUUAUAAACGGCUGCAGACCUUCCCUCUGGUCAGGCACUCGGACAUGCCCGAGGAGAUGCGGGUGGAGACCAUGGAGCUGUGUGUCACGGCCUGUGAGAAAUUCUCCAACAACAACGAGAGUGCUGCCAAGAUGAUCAAAGAGACGAUGGACAAGAAGUUCGGCUCCUCCUGGCAUGUGGUGAUUGGCGAAGGCUUUGGGUUUGAGAUCACACAUGAGGUGAAGAACCUCCUCUACCUGUACUUCGGGGGGACCCUGGCUGUGUGUGUCUGGAAGUGCUCCUGACACUGUCCCCUCCCCCUGCCCCCGUCCCCUUCAGGGCCUUUUCCUGCCAUUCACCUGGCAUGGGGAGCAGGCCCAGGCAGGUGUCGGUUGUUUGAAGGAGAGCCGAGGGUCUUUCUUUUGUCCUGUGUAGCAGUGUCCUGAGCCACGCUCAGUGUGAAUUCGUCGACAUCUCUACCCCCAAACUCCCAGGCAGGGAGGUGUGACAGGGUAGGAGGAGGGUGGCGACAGGGAACCUCUCUUGGGGUCUCGUGUCCCCUCGCAUCCCAGGAGCCUCCUGCCCGUCCACCCCCAGCACUGCUGGCAGGUGUCCACUGUCCCUGUCUUUACUGGCCGUGUGCAAAUGGCCCCGAGCAGGAGCCUCUCCUCUCCGGGAGCACGGACAGCUUCUCUCCUUGUCCUCUGGAGAAGUGGUGACUCCCCAGAAGCCCCUUCCCCACCCUGAGCCCAGGCUGAACAACCACUGCAUCGCAUGGGAGCAACAGCUGCCUAGCCUGGGCUCCGGCCUGAGGGCCAAGCAGCCUUUCCCCAUCCCCUCCUCCCUGCCCUUCCCAGCCACCAGGCCCAUGAACCUGUUCCACUGCCCCACCCGUGCAGUUCAUGACCAGUGGCUGAGGGGGUGGGAACCGCGAUGGAGCAGUUUCUCGAGGUGUCGCGGAGCCUCCGGUGAGCCGCCUGGGCCAGGAGUGCGCUCGCCAUGAGGCCUGUCUCAGCAGGGAAACCUGGCCUGCCAGUUACUUCUCAUCAGGGACCGCAUGCUGAUUUGUACUUCUUAUCUCUGCUGGGUUUUCUAUAUUCUUUUUGAGUGUGGGGAGAAGGGUUUUAGUAGAAGGGUGAAUCCUAUUUUACAUAGCGGUCUUAUUUAUAUAAAUGUCUUGGUUUUUACAAUUAAA